GGAACAUCUCGGGAGUUAUUAAUGUGAUUUGUUGUCGACUGUUGACAAACAAGAAAGAUCUUCAAUUGUCAGUGAAUUGAAAAAAAAAAUGACCACUUUAACUGUGUGCAAUCGAAUUGAAUCAGGAAAAUCUGAAAAAGUAAAAUUAAAUUCGAUUAAUUUUAAAAGUUCAGUUCAAAAUUUGAAAGAUGGAAUAUCAAAGAAGAUAAAAAGACCAGUAUCCGAUUUUGAUAUUAUAUAUUGUGGACAGCGUUUAGAUGAUCAGAAGCCAUUAGAAACAUAUGGAUUAAAGGAUGGAGUCACUUUGUAUUUGGUGAAAAGGUACAACAAAGAACCAGCAAAAUCUCCAGAAAAGAUGUCUGAUGCUGCCAUGAGGCAGUUAGUGAUAACAUUACAGUCAGCUUUACUUAAACCUUCCUGUAAAAGUACAAUUGAAAGAAUGUUGAAUAGUCCAGAAGCAUUAGAGCGUUUAAUUUCAGCCACUCCUGGGCUAGAAAAUGACCCAGUUGCUCUAUCCAUGCUACAAGACCAAGAACUCUUGGCAAUACUCUCUCAUCCAGAAAACAUCAAAGAAGUGGUCAGCAAGCAUCCUGCUUUUGGACAUGCAGCUUUGUCGGUAUGCCAGGUGGUCAAUGAGGAGGGGUCAGGGAGGGACGCCGACAGAAUCACUACAGGCUCUUACUACUUAGAUCAGAUGUCAGAUGAUGAAGACGAUUCAAUAGCUAACAGACCAGGUCCAAGUUCAGGGGGAAUCACUCCAUCACAGCUGGCUGCAGCUUUAGCAUCAGCAACUCAAGGGGGAGCCACUAAUCAACCAUUACAGAACAUUUUACCUGGUGCAAUAACAGCAGACUUUUUCCAGCAAGCCAUCAGACAGGCACAGGAGGCAACUAACGGUAACCAGGGCAAUUUGUUACAAACUCAGCUCCAACAGCUUAGGGACAUGGGAAUCACAGAUGAGGCCUUGGCAAGGCGAGCUCUGCAGGCCACAGGUGGGGACCUACAGGCAGCGCUCGACAUGCUGUUUGGCGAUGGACAAUUUUAAUUUAUUAUCUUUAAAGUGAAAACUGUUCAUUCAAAAAACUUGUAUAUAUGUGUAGUGUAUAGCAUGGAAUUUUUUUUUACUUAAGCUUACAAUGAAUUGUUUUAAAAACAAAA